GGCUCGAUGUUCCUUAACUGUCGAUUUGAUACAACUGUAAUUCAAUUCAAUCCGUCUCCUGACCACCUGUCCUCGUUCGUCCACGCAUCAAGAGCUGAAGCUUUUGUCUUCGGCGACAAAUACCCUACCGUGACGGGGAAUCGUGGCAGUUGCCGCUGCAAACCAACCCAAAUACGCCUUGAUGUCACAUUCGGCGCCAAUAAGUGCUGUCGCCGAGCAACCCCAACCUGUCUCCGAGUUACAGCAGUUAGGGAAGUCGGUACCCAAGGCAGACGUUGUAAUCUUGUUAGAUGGCAGCCCUCAAUCUUCAGAAUGGCAAAAGAACUUGCAUACUUACUUCGCCCGGAUGAUCACGGAUAUCAGGGCGGCCAACCCUCAUCAUCGAAUACGAGUUGGUGUCGUUUGCUACUCUCGCGCGGCGUCCGAAUACUCCAUCCACAGAUCACCGAUUCUGGGAACUAUUCCACUUUGCCCACCGGAACAUGCGUUCAUGUACCUAAAAACGCACCGUGCGGAGGUCGGAAUAGGUCGGGCCGCAUGCUCAGGUGGGAUGGCAGUACUUGAUGCAAUCGUAGCAGCAUUAGAGAUGUUUGAUGAUCAGAUAGAGGCGCAUAAUGCUCGAAAGUGGCUGAGAGCCCAUGAAAACAAAUACCUCUUCCCAACGAAUAAGUCGGAGGAGAAUCCCGACUUUGUAGACCCGCCCCUGCCUAAGUUUUACUUACUUCUAUUCGCUCAUAGCCCCACGAAUACAUCUGUUCCCUCCUCCCACAAUACAUCGAAGUCUCUGGAUGGCUUAACAUGGGAUGGCUUACCAAAUGAGAUAAGGAAGCGGGGUAUCCACUUCAAUCUUGUCACGAUGACACAUCUUCCGGAGCUUAGGGAGUUACACAAAAAAACUGUUGAUAAACCUGGGCAAUCAUGGUUUCAGCUUCCUCCUGGUCAUAGCAUGAUGACUUCUGGGCUGCAAAACAGGCUUCCAUUUCAGCCUGACGGCAUGAAACGCUCUCUUGCCUUAGACCAACCCACGGCGACGCAUGGGACGUCAUCUGCUCCGGCCCCCUUACCCGAUAAUCCACAACCGCCUAGUAAAAGAGCGAAGCUGAACUCCCCACGACCUGUGGCCCGUGCUCCCCCUGGGAAUCUGGGUAUUCCCCCUCCCCCCUCACCUCUGCCGUAUCUUCAAAUUCCAAUACAGGGCCUAAUACCAAUGCUACACCUACAAAUGGACACUCUCAGGGUAUUCCACCCCGCCUGCAAGCGGACGAGUACAGAGCUGCACUCCAACGACACCACCAGACUCAUAUUGGCCCCCAGGUGAGUCCAGCGGUGGCCUCGAAAGACUCCGGACCUCCGGCUCCGAGCAGCAAUGGAACUACCAACCCCUCGACCCAACUCUCCGCCACAAGCCCGACAACAGCGCAAGCUGUCCGACUGCCUCCACCGCCACCACAAAUCCCCGGCUCCCGCAAUCCACCUCUUCCUGUUUCUAAUCCGAACAAUCUCAGUCCCACACAACCUGUAUCAGCUACUCAAUCCCAGAAAGCAGCUGCAAUCCAAGCACAUGUGCUGCAGCAACACAUUUCUCGGCAAGCUACCCAGCCAGCGCAGGCAACAUCUGGAAUGCCGUCAGCACGUUCCCUUGCGCCCGCCAGCGGCCCUCUGCGUGCUCAACCAGGUGCAACUCAGGGAAACACUGUGCAACUACAUCCUUCGACCCUCAACGGACAGGCUCCGAGUCAAAACACCAUGAGUAACUCCAUUCCCCAACCACACUCCACUC